GGGAGCGCUCUGACCACUCUCAUCACUGCUACCUGGCGGAGCCUUCCACCGCUUAGAUUUCUUCCCUUCCUGUGGCCCCAGAAGCCUGCUCACCCGCCUGCCACACCGAACCCUGACACUCGGGGGCCUCAUGGCUGCCACCUGUGAGAUCAGCAACGUUUUUAGUAACUACUUCAACGCCAUGUACAGUUCAGAAGACCCCACCCUGGCUCCUGCUCCUCCGACUACCUUUGGCACUGAAGACUUGGUGUUGACCCUGAACAACCAACAGAUGUCACUGGGAGGUCCAGGAUCUCAGACAAGAUCCCAAAGGGACAGAACUGAUCCUCUGGCUGUACUCCACCUUGCAGAGAAGGCAAGCUGGACCGGAGAGCGGCCCCAGUUCUGGUCGAAGACCCAGGUACUUGACUGGAUCAGCUACCAGGUGGAGAAGAACAAGUAUGACGCCAGCUCCAUCGACUUCUCCCGCUGCGACAUGGAUGGAGCCACCCUCUGCAGCUGUGCGCUGGAGGAGUUGCGUCUAGUCUUUGGGCCUCUGGGAGACCAACUCCAUGCCCAGCUUCGGGACCUCACCUCCAGCUCUUCUGAUGAACUCAGCUGGAUCAUCGAGUUGCUGGAGAAGGACGGCAUGGCCUUCCAAGAGGGCCCAGGAGACUCCGGCCCCUUUGAUCAGGGAAGUCCUUUUGGCCAGGAGUUACUGGAUGAUGGCCGCCAGGCCAGUCCCUACUACGGCAGUACCUAUGGCCCUGGAGCGCCCUCCCCUGGUAGCUCUGAUGUCUCCAUUACAGGGACCGCUACUUCCCAGAGUUCCCACUCCUCUGACUCCGGUGGAAGUGAUGUGGACCUGGACCUCACUGAUAGCAAGGUCUUCCCUAGAGACGGCUUUCCUGACUAUAAGAAGGCAGAACCCAAGCACGGAAAGAGGAAACGGGGGCGUCCCCGAAAGCUGAGCAAAGAAUAUUGGGACUGCCUGGAGGGCAAGAAAAGCAAGCACGCCCCCAGAGGUACUCACCUGUGGGAGUUCAUCCGGGAUAUCCUUAUCCACCCCGAGCUCAACGAAGGCCUCAUGAAAUGGGAGAACCGGCAUGAGGGCGUGUUCAAGUUUCUUCGCUCAGAGGCCGUGGCCCAACUAUGGGGCCAAAAGAAAAAGAACAGCAACAUGACCUAUGAGAAGCUGAGCCGGGCCAUGAGGUACUACUACAAACGGGAGAUCCUGGAACGGGUGGAUGGCCGGCGGCUCGUCUACAAGUUUGGCAAGAACUCCAGUGGCUGGAAGGAGGAAGAGGUUGGAGAGAGUCGGAAUUAACAGUCUGGGCUGGACCCAGGACCUGACACCAGCAUAAACUCCAGAACUGAAGCCUUCCUGGAAGGACAGGCAGGCCUGAAGGCCCCCUUACUGUGGAUGUGUUCCCUGUGUUGCUGUAGAGGAAGACCUUGUUGGGCGUGUCCUCAGAAGUAUCCUGAAGUGCAGCCUUUGGCCUCUCCUCGCCCUCUUGGAAUUACAAGCCUCGAGGUUUGAACCAACUUGUUCACUCUCCAGCUGUGAAUCCAGUUCCUUCUAGUCCCAACACUGACUGCAGAAGAGACCCACCUGCAGAUGCCUGGCCUCAGCCAAGGAGGCUGGGGAGACUGUGGGAGGAGAGACUGCAGGGACAGAGGGGACAGGGUUGUGUCCUCCAGUACUUCUCGGACUGGCUUCCAUCUCUCUGCUGCUUAGUACUCAGGCUCCACAGACGGGGGUCGGGGCAUCCCUAAUUUAUGUGCUAUAAAUAUUUCAGGUGUAUAUAGAGAGCUAUUUUUUCUAAUGCAUUUCCCCCUCCCUGCUCUUCUCCACUGAGUGCUGGUGGCCAAACUGAUUGUUCUAGGGCCCCUAACUGGACCAGCGAGAAGUUGGGUGAUGCCAGAGGCCCCAAGAUGGGGCUCCUGGAUCCCCUUUCCUGUGAAUGGAGGCUGAAACCUCCAAUAAAGUGCCUUCUGGGCUUUUUCUAA